UCAACGUGCACCGGUCUAAAAUCUCACCGGUAGGCCCGACUUCUCUGAUGUAAUCAUAAAGUCCGAAACGUCCCGAAUAGAGCAGUCUGGGUCACUCAAAACCUUGUAUUUCACACAAACGCCAAUCAAAAAAUUACAAGCACUUAAUAGAUGGCGAAUUGAUGCUGAUGCUGAGUUGACGACGAAACUUUCGAAACUUUUACAAGGAGGGAAGAAGGCGCAAUGCAAGGAAAACAUGAAGAAAUAUCGACGAUUAUGUGCACUGCUGAUUAUCUCAAUGAUAAUUUUAUGUGUAUUGCAUUAUUCAGGAGACUUGCAGUUUCUCUAUAAGGCGUUUUUUAUUCCGAAACAUUGGAUCUCAAGUGAUACAGACGUAGAUGGAAAGACUCACAGUGUAAGCCUUGGGAGCUUUGAUCCAGGAUCUUACCUUCAGCCACCAUCAAUAUCGGACCAGAAAGACCCUUUCUUAAACCAUGCCUUCAAUGUUCUCAAAAGCAACGAUAUCCCGUUCGACCGUCCCCUACCUGACAGUAGGAACAAGAGAUGCAAGGCAAGACCAUUCACAGACCUACCAGCAACAUCUGUGAUCAUUGCUUAUUAUAACGAGGCCAGGUCCACACUACUUAGAACUGUUGUAAGUGUUUUGAGGAGGACCCCACCAGAACUUAUCAAAGAGAUUCUAUUGAUUGACGACUUCAGUGAUGAUGCUGAAGUCGGUCGUUUACUUCCUGAGAUACCAAAAGUCCAAGUUUAUAGGAACAAAAAACGAGAAGGUCUGAUCAGAUCGCGAGUACGAGGAGCUGGUUUAGCUGAGAGUGAGGUCUUGACCUUUCUAGACAGUCAUUGUGAGGUCAAUGUUGGCUGGCUGGAGCCACUCCUCUACAGGAUAGCAGAGUCGCCUAAGGCUGUGGUGUGUCCUAUUCUAGAUGUAAUCAACACAUCUACAUUUGAUUACAUUGUUGCUCCUCAAACACCUGUGGUCGUCGGAGGAUUUGAUUGGGGACUGAAUUUUAAAUGGGAACCCCCUCCUCAGUCAAUGGUGUUUCGACCAGAGGACCCUCGCAAAACAGCUGUGAUGGCUGGGGGAGUCUUCAGUAUCAGCCGGUCCUGGUUUAACAAACUGGGAAAGUAUGACACUGGCAUGGAUAUCUGGGGUGGGGAAAAUUUUGAAUUGUCAUUCAAAGUGUGGAUGUGUGGGGGUCAGGUUGAAAUAGUUCCUUGUAGUCGUGUCGGUCAUGUGUUCAGGAAGAGACAUCCGUAUGAGUUUCCAGAUGGAGAUACCAACACGGUUAUUAGGAAUUCACGUAGGGUGGCAGAGGUGUGGAUGGAUGAGUACAAAAAAUAUUUCUACAAAAAGAAGCCAUCGGCUAGAAUGAAGCCUUUCGGAAGGAUAUCUAACAGGAAGAAGCUGAGAAAUCAGUUGCAGUGUCGUUCGUUUGCCUGGUACAUCAACAAUGUAUACCCAGCACUGAAACCACCGGUCAGUGAUGAGGUGAUGUAUGGCCGACUGAAGCAAGGCGAUCUCUGUUUGGAUGUGGACACAGGUCAUGUCCCAAUUAUCACCAUUCUACGUCCUUGUGAUACUGACCGCGCCAGUCAG